AUGAGCGGCCUCAAGCGCUCCUUGGAGGAUUCCUCCCAUGAUGCGGACCUCCCUUCGCCCUCGGACUCGUCCAUUGCCUCGGGCAAGCCAGCCUCGCCGACAGUGCCCACGGCAUCCGCUGCAUCGUCGUUCCGCAAUGUGAGCGCAUGCAAUCGCUGCCGCCUGCGCAAGAACCGAUGCGACCAGCGCCUGCCCUCAUGCGCGUCAUGUGACAAGGCGAGCGUGAAGUGCGUGGGCUACGAUCCCAUCACGAAGCGCGAGAUUCCCCGCAGCUAUGUCUACUACCUCGAAACCCGCGUCGCCUAUCUCGAGACGCUGUUGCAGGAGCACGCGGUCGACUUCCAGCCCGCCGAAGACUUCAACCCCGCCUUCUCGUCCAACGGCACCACCACGGGCAGUGUUGUCACUGCGUCGCCGCAGCAGCGCAAUGGCGCCGCAAAGCCCACGAGCGCGCCGACGCAGGAAGAGAACGACCGCUAUGACCGCGAGAAGCUGAACAAGCUGGUCUCCAAUAUCGGCAUGGUCUCGGUGCAAGGCGCCAGCGACCCGCGCUACCUCGGAUCCACGUCCGGCAUAUCGUUUGCCAGAGUCGUGUUUGCGGCCGUCAAGAGCUCGGUAUCAGGAUCGUCGUCGGAGCGCGGCAGCAAUCGAGGAGGCAAGACGACCAACGUCGUGGACAGUGGCACCUCGAUGCGCGACUCGUUCUUCGGGCUGCAGACCAAACCCACCAUCCGACAGGCACCCUUCCCCGACCGAGAGCUUGGGUCGCGCCUCGUUGAGCUGUACUUUGAGCACGCGAACCCACAGAUACCCAUCCUGCAUCGGGGCGAGUUCAUGGAGAUGUUUGAGCGUGUCUACGCUUCUGGCGAGCGGCACCGCACAUCACGAGAGUCAUACAUGUUGAACAUUGUGUUUGCCAUUGGUGCCGGUAUCAUCCUGGGCAGCUCCGAUGCAGAGGAUUCCCCGACCUCGGACGCUGGGCGCUCACCAACAAAGUCACGAUCAUCUCCCCCGAGCCACAAGAAGCGGCGACUCGCAGGCCAGCAGCACCAACCCGAGGAGUAUCACGCGUCCGCCAUUGUCCACCUCGAAAACUUUCUCGGGUCUUCACCGGCAGCAGACCGUCCCGACGGCUUCGGCGGCGGCCUCGAAGAGCUCCAAGCCGUGUUACUCCUUGCGGGUUUCGCCCUGUUGAGGCCCGUUGCACCUGGCUUGUGGUACAUCGUGGGUGUCGCUGUCCGCCUAGGCGUCGAUUUGGGGUUGCAUUACGAGGAUGGAGUGGGUAUAGACGGGUCGGGUACGGAAGACCAUGCUGCUGGUAGGCCGGAAGCAAAAGCCGAAAGCAACGGGGCGACGACAGGUGCUGGCAACGCGAGUUCCUCCAAGAUCGACGCAAAAGAAAGGGGCCGUCGACAGUGGGUCAGAGAUUUGCGACGACGGCUGUGGUGCGGCGCGAAUCAAGGCAAUGAGUUCAUGCACACCAAACUGCCGUCGCCAUUCUUAGCCAAAUUCGACUCGUUCCGCGCCUGGCGCGUUGACAUUGAUAGGCGACUGCUGGAAUGGAAGGAUUCUGCGCCUACGCAGCGUGAUGCAGGCGUGCAGUUUUCGCCUCUGUUCUUGGAGCUCAAUUAUUGGCAGGCGCUUAUCAUGCUAUAUCGGCAAAGCCUGGUCGUACCAUCUGGACUGCAAAGUGAGCUAGGCAAUACGGGCUCGGACGUCGGAAGCCCAUCUAUGGUGAAUGUGGAGGAAAGAGAAGACGAGGACUUGGUGUUCCUCAAGGUCGCCGAGGCUGGUCAGAAGGUCCUGAAGCUGUACAGACAGCUCCAUCGCGUACACCUAUCCCUAGACGAUGUCGACUUCACUGUGCUAGCCGCAACUUCCGUCUUGGGGGAUCUGAUCGACAAGUGUCCCCCAGCGGAGGCAUGUCGCGACGCUUUUGACCGCAUGAGCAAAGCUACCAUUCAAAUGUGCAUGAGUACAACAGGAUUUGGACCACAGGCCCUACGGGCACUCUCGCAAGCGCAGCAACCACAUGCUCACCCCUCAUCACACUCUCCAUCUACGCCGUACACGUCACAAUCAGACGUCGACCCGCGAGCCGACACCGAAAUGCAAGGAUACCCCUCCAGCCACUCCAACAACUACUUCGCACAGCAGCAAGCCCGCCGCCCAGUGCCGCGCUUCGACAUGAAUCUCAAAGACCUCUUUUCCGACGACGAAACAGACAAGCGCUCCUUCAGCCGUGUGUCCAAUCAAGUCAACGCCAUGCGCCCUCCUCCACCACCCAUCAAGCACGAACCCCAACAGCACACCAUCCAGCCUUUCACCGCUGAUCUCAAAAUCUCCCCGCAACUCAGAACGCACCAGCAACAACCCUUCUUCUCCUCGCCAAACUUCUCGUCAAAUAAUAACCCCACCCUCUCCCCUCCAAUGAACCAACCUCAAGCUCAAAAUCAAUCCUCCCCAUACCAAAUAUCAAAUCAACUCCCCUACAACGCCUUCGCGCAGAACAUCAACGCGACGUACCCAGAUAUCGGCGGCUUCUCAGACCUUGACUUCCUCGACAGUUUCCCCGUGCAGGGCGGCACCGGCCAGGGCGAUGCGAAUGCCAGUCUGCAGGAUAGUGGGCAUUGGGUUUGGCAUGGGAUUUGGCGACGGCACGUCAUGACAUGGAGCGACGGGAAUGGGCUGGAUCUUUUCGAUGGGUUUUUCUUUGGGCCAGGCGGGACGGGCCAGUGA